AAAAAUAUAAAUAAUAAAUCAAUAAAUAAUUUUGCAUAUCAACCCAAAAUAAUUAUUUUGAAUUUCAAAAUUAAAUACAAUAGCAUCUUUUUUGACAUUCAUCUUGAUUCUUGCCCCCCUCUUCCCAUCCUUCCCAACUCAUCCUCAUAAAUACCAAACAUUUAGAGGCUUUUAUAUCAUUUCCUUUUUGCCCUACUCAUUUCAUUUCUUCUCCCCCUCUCUUAUUGUUUUUUAUGCAUUUGGUUGUUGUCAUAUUAAUUCAAUGAAUUCAUUCUCAAAACUUUCAAAAUCCUUUCUCCUCUUUUCAUCUCCCCCUAUAUCAAUCCAAAAUUCUCAAACCUCUUAAACAACAACAACAAACCAUUAAAAAAGAGGUUUCGCCUCAAGUAGGGUUUCUAGGGCUGUCAGAUGUACUCAAUCUUAUCCUUAGAAUUCCCGAUGACACGCCCCAAAAUUAUAAUUCUCGGACUAGUUAUGCAUCUUCAAUGAAAUAAACAUUUCCCUUUUUUCCCUUAUGGUUGGUUUUGUUUAAACUUGUGCAUGGGAUAUUGGUACGAUUCAAUCAGAAAACCGGAUUCUCGUAGUAGAGAACCUUGUGUAUUUGAUUGAGCCGUGCCAAUAUCCCGUGUAGUAAUGAAUAUUGGUGGUGCGUAGAGCACAUUAAUUUUGUUGUAUGCAGGAUAUGGGAGAGCAACACAACACUGCCUUUUUCAUGUUCUCAACCACCGGUUGGUAUCAUGGACACCCCAGUAAAUGACGUGUUAGGGUCGUCUGUGUUUGUGGAUGGUCCAAAUGAAAAUGAAGCAUAAUUUGAUUAGUUACUUGGGAGGAUGCCGAUAAAUUCUUCAGGAAAUAUGGCAGACAAAGGGGAUUUGGAGUAUUCCGGGCAGCUCGGAAUUACAAGAUAGAGAAUGGUAAAACAGACAAGAGUAAGAAGAGGAGCUACAUUUGGCGGUGUGAAUGUGCUGGUAAGCCAGACUUACGAAGAAGAGUAAAUGGGAAAAGGGUGUAUGGUGGUGGUUUAGCAUUGGAUCUAAAUAGGAGGAAGACUAAGAAGUGUGGCCGUCCUGUGGAAAUGAGGGCUGCUUGUAAACCUCAUGGUUCUUGGGAAGUGCGGAAGGCAAUCAUAGAACAUCAGUAUCACAAUCCAACUCCCCGAAAGUCUCGAUAUAUUUCUAUGUACCGGCAGGAUGAAAUUACAACUGCGGUUAGGAGGAAUUUGUUCAAUGAUUGUAGUGCUGGUACUAAGGUUACACAAGUGCAUCGUAGUUUAGCAAAGGAGCGUGGUGGGGUAGAGAAUAUGGCCCUUACGGAGAGGGACUUGAGGAAUGUACUGGCUCGGGAGAAGAAGUUGAAGAUGAACGGUGGUGAUGCUAAUGCCAUGCUUGCCUAUUUUAACAAAAUGAGUUCUGAUAAUCAGAAUUUUUUUCCACAAGUACAGAUUAGAUGAACAGGGUCGGUUAACGGAUGUGAUGUGGGUGGAUGCACGUAGUAGGGUAGCGUAUGAAGAGUUUUGGGAUGUUGUGUGUUUUGACUCGACAUAUGUUACCAAUGAAUAUGAGCUACCGUUUGCCAACUUCGUGGGUGUAAAUCACCACGGACAGACCAUUCUUUUGGGAUGUGCUCUAGUAUCCCAUGAGAACACAGAAACUUUUGUGUGGUUGUUUACCAAUUGGCUAGAUUGCAUGGGUGGAAAAGCACUUGGUGGUUUCUUGACAGAUUAAUGUGCUGCAAUGAGGAAAGCUCUGAGUAUUGUCAUGCCCAAUUCCAAGCAUAGGUGGUGUUUGUGGCAUAUUGUGAUUAAGUUUGGUAACAAGCUCGGAAGCUAUGCGAAGUACCAGGAAUUUCAUGAUGUCUUACUGAAUGUUAUAUAUGACAGUUUAAGCGCAGAUGAAUUUGAGCUUAAUUGGACUUUAGCAAUUGAGUCUUAUGGUCUUGGAUCGGAUGAGUGGCUUUCAGGUCUGUUCAAGGAGAGGCAUAUGUGGAUCCCAGCCUACAUGAAACACCUAUUUUGGGCAGGGAUGAAAACCACGCAGCGUUCAGAGAGCAGCAACAACUUCUUUGACAAGUACGUGAAGAGGGACACUCGUUUGUACCAGCUUGUGGAGAGGUACUGUGAUGCCAUGGAAAACAGGGUCAAUGCGGAGAAAGAAGCUGAUGCCAACAGCGCCAUGUGAUUGAGGCAUGUAAUCACUGGUUUUUCAUAUGAGAAAGCCUUCCAGAAGGUGUACACUGAUGCAAAAUUCGUAGAGGUACAGGAGCAAUGCACCAGGUUUAUGUACUUGAGCGUUGUUGGGAAAAGGGAGGUAUCUAAAAAUGCUGUGGAACAUUUGGUUCAAGAUAGGGUCUAAUUUUACGAUAAACAACUGAAAAAGGAAAUUCCUGUGGAUAGGAAGAGAGUCUACACUGUAAUGUUCAACUCUGAAACAAAUGACGCAUUAUGUGAAUGCAAGCUGAGUGUCAUGGAAUCAUGUGUAGGCAUCAAUUUAAGGUGUUUGAUGAUAAUGGGGUAAAACAAGUCCCUUCAAAAUAUAUAUUGAGGCUGUGGCGUAAAGAUGUCCAUAGGUGUCACACUCGGGUGAAGGAGGCAUACCAUGAUCCUUCCAAAACAGAAGAAGUUAAGAGGUAUGAUAGAAUAAUAGUCCAGUUUGAGAGUGUGUGUCUUAAGGCAGCAAGUCGUCCAGAGUAUGCUAAAAUGGCGUUAGAUGCAAUAUGCAAGCUGGAAAAUACCUUGGAUGCUGCCAUCCAAAAGGAAAGUGUUAAUGCUGCCAUCCAAAAGGAAAGUGUUAAUGGUGCUGAUAGUGAUUCUGCCACUAUGGAAUCGUCCCCUUCAGUGAAUAAUGAUGUGGAAGGGGUGGGUACCAUGCCUCCAUCUGAAUUAGGGGAUUCGUGUCUGAACAGUUCUGCAUUGGGGCUUGACGAUAUAUCAGUUGACCCAUUAGUUAACACUCCAACUCAAGCUGUACUUGUUGCAAACGAGGUUUGUCAUAAUUCGGGAAGUUCUGUGGAUGAGAACCUGGCUUGUGAUGUAUUAGUGCAGAAGGCCUUGUCUGUUGGCGAUCCAAUCUCUCGGAAAAAACCACAUAGACCGAGGGCUAAGUGUUUCCUUUCGUUUGCAGAGAAAUGUGCCAAGAAAGCAUUGUCCACACGAACUAAGACAGACAAUGUGGGCAACUGUGUUUUGACUGAGGUUGAACCUGAAUCUAACAACCCUCCUAAGCAAAAAAGAAAAAGAUGAAGGAAGUCCAAAGAGCAGGAACUUCCCGCAACUGUUAUGCCAGGGCAUAUUUAGGAGGAAGUUCAAAGCUUGUUUUGAUCCAACCAAGACAAUACUAUUCCUGGUUUUAUCCGUGUGAUCAGAUGAAGAAGAUGAAGACAUACUUUUUUCCUCUUUUGAUAAAAUCAGUAGGAAUUGUAUGUAUGGAGUUGUAUUUAUAUAAGAUAGAGUGUGAACUUUGAAAGUCCUAAACCCUUUAACAUUGAUCUUUUUCUUUCUAGUAGGAAAAACAUUAAUAAUUUGCCUA